AUGCAACCCAGCCUUGUUGCAAAUCAAUCGACUUCUACCCUGGGGAUCCAAAACACAUUUAAUGUCCCGGCCCAAGAUGGUCAAAACUGCGGGCGGACGAAAUCUUCUCGGUCACGCUGGCCACUCGAAAGGGUGCAAUUUGAUGUCUCGCAUGUCAAACGCCAAUGUACGGCCCGAUUCGGAUGGCUAAAGGCCGAAACAGUAAACCGCGAGUUUGGAUCCGCCAGUGUGGUGUUCGUGGCCCUGUCCUUGGCCCACCCUUUUCGAGCGCAUCCUCCGGGAUCCAUUACGCCACGACAAGGGCCUGCGAAGAUCAACUAUGAAACCUGA